GAAAUCACCUCAGAUUUUAUAAAUCAGUUUCUUAAGAAUGGGUGCUUUCAACCAGGCCCUAAAUAAAGCUCAGUAUGUUCUUCUCAAAACACACUCAAUUUUGUGUCCACUAUUUUGAAACACAAAAUAUUCACGUAGAGUUUGUUUGUGCUCAGUAAUACUAAACAACCAAUUGGAACUCAGUCAGUUUCAAUGAAAAAACCAUAUGCCGAAGACCUCGCGGUCGUGGAUGGCGUAGCGACAAUGCUGACGCCGAAGGACGGAGCUUUCGGGCGCAGCACCGACUGCCACCAAUUCCUCGCCUCGCCUCGCAUCUGCAAGAUAUUAGAAUCCCGCCUGCGUCCUCCGCCUGAACGCAGAGCCUUCUAUUGCGGCGCCGGCGCCGGCGCCACGACCCUUCUCCGCCAGUCCCCACUAGAGGGCUUAGAACUGCGUGGACCACCCGGCGCCUCUUGGCCUCUCUCGCUCCGUCCUUGCGGGCGCGACGACGGCCUCCGACAGCUCCGCAAAGUCAUCCAAGCCUGGAACAGGAUGCGCGUCAGCUACUGGUUGCUGUGUCGAAGAUAACAAAUUUUCAAAGCUGUCGACCUCCAGGGAUCCAAAAAUCUCCCUCCCAGGUGGUGCUGCCUGCUGCGUGCAGGGGAGUGAGCGUGGCUGCGUGGGCACCCUCGGGGUCGGAUCUGAAGAGGAAGAAGGCUGUCGCGCUGACCUCGACUCGAUGACGGCCAGAAGAUAACCGACGACAUCGGACCGCAUCCGCGCCUCCUCGAGAAGGGCGCCAACGUCAUCCUUGCUAGCCACCUGGUGAGUCACCUCCCCACCAUCAUGUCGAAAUAAAUCUUUGACUCGUGGGUUCUGUGUUUUUUUAAUUUUAGCCUACUUCAACGAACUAACUGGUGGUGGUUGUUGUUGUUGAAACGACGAAUACAGAAUUACAGAUGCGAUUGUGACUUGCAUCAUUGCAUGCCGCCGCCAUGGUCUCGCCCUCCCAUCCCAGCGUGGGCGGCUGCCAACUCCCUCUUCCGCCGCCACCGCCGCCUGCAGCCCCUCCUCUUCCCGGCCGUCUCUCACUGCGACCACCUCCGCGUUCUGUCCCACUGCCUCGUGUCCGGCCUCGCCCGCAACCCCUUCGUUGCCUCCCGCCUUCUCCUCGCAUCCUCCAGCCUCUCCCUCCCCUUCUCCCUCACCCUCCUCGCCUAUCUCCCGGCCUCCUCGCUCUCAUCGUUCUCCUUCAACUCGCUCAUCCGCGCCUCCCCACCGCGCCUCGCGCUCCGCCUGUUUGACGAAAUGCGCAGCCGAGGAGUCCCCACGGACCCCUACACCUUACCGCUCCUGAUCAGCGCCUGUUCCUGCAGCGGUUUUACACUGUGCCAGUCUCUGCACGGGCAGGGCUUCCGUCUUGGCUACAAUUGCCACGUAUUCACCCAGACGGCGCUGUUGAACGCGUACCUCAAGUGCGGGUCGGUGGCCACCGCUUGCAGGGUGUUCGAGGAAAUGCCGGUGAAGGAUGUGGUUGCGUGGACCAGCAUGGUGUCUGGUUAUGUAGACUCCAGGAUGUACUUAAAAGCCGUCGAGGUAUUUAACGAGAUGAGAGGUGCUGAUGAUCUUGUGUGGCCUAAUGAGGCCACAGUGGUGUCACUUGCCACUGCCUGUGCUGGUCUGGGCUCGCUGGAGCAUGCAAAGGGUCUGCAUUCGUAUGUGGAGAAGGCUGGGUUGGAGGACGAGUUAAUUGUCAGGAAUGCAUUGGUUGACAUGUAUGGGAAGUGUGGCUGCAUUGAGUCGGCACAUAGAUUGUUUUGUUUGAUGCGUGAGAAGGACUUGCAUUCAUGGACAACAAUGAUUUCAGGGCUGUCUUCUCAUGGACGCGGCGAAGAAGCGGUUGGUUUGUUCUUCAGCAUGUGCGAGGAGGGAGUAUUACCAGAUUCGACCACUUUUAUUGUGGUUCUGUCUGCCUGUAGCCAUGCUGGACUAGUAGAUGAGGGGAUACAUAUCUUCAAUUCCAUGGAGAGUGAGCACAAUGUCCCCCGGGACACCAAGCACUAUGGUUGCAUGGUGGAUCUUUUCAGCAGAGCAGGGCUUGUUCGCCGUGCUUAUGAAUUCAUUAGCAUGAUGCCUUUCGAACCAAACUUGGAGAUUCUUGGGGCCCUGCUGAGUGCAUGCAGUAUCAAUAAUGAACUGGAGAUUGGGGAGCUCGUGCUCAAUAAGAUUGACAUGGUCUGCUCCUACAAAGGAGGUGCUGGUGUGCUUCUGUCAAAUAUAUAUGCUAACCAAAAUCUGUGGCAUGAAGUGGAUACCAUUAGAAGGAAGAUAAGGACUGAAGCAAUUGUCAGGAAGCCACCUGGUCAUAGUUUGAUUGCAGCAGAAGUUUCUUCCAUGACUUUCUGAUUGGUAAUUGCAUAGAUUUGCUUUUAAUGAAGCUGUGGUCCUGAUUUUGCGAAGGAGGCUUGGGGUGUUUGCUUUCAACAAUCCCUGUAGGCCAGUCGAAAUGGAAGGUGUUAUGAGGAGGGUGAUCACUUCGGACAACAUCUGCUUUGUAAAUGCUGCGGUGCGAUUGCCAAGAAGCUGGCUGAGCUUACAACGCUAACGGAUGUCACAACCAUCGUCGGCUAGGCUGGCUGACAAGAUGAGCCACAUUUGGACCGGUGGUGGCGCGAGCGAGCUUGGAGCUCUUGGAAGGCAAGGCGCUACCAGGUGUCCUUGUCCUUUUGUUUCGGACCAUGGUGUAACACUGCAAAGCUUAUGGUUUGUAUUGGACUUGGGAUAGGCUUGCCGUCGAGUUUUGGUAGAUGAGUGGUGAAUAAGCUUGAUCUAUACCACUGUUACCCCCUCACCUAAAAGAACUAUACAACUGCUGUCGUUACCUCUCGUUGGCUACCAUGGUGCACUGCCAUCACUUGGAUGACAAAAUCGUCGCCAUGCACUGAUUCAAUGCAAUUUAUUCCAUGCCCAUUAAUCCCA